AUGGCGCGCGCUAGCAACCGUGAGCUGCACUCCACAGUCCCAGGUCUGGAGUCUGCUCGCUUUUCGGACGGAGCUGUGAGUUUACCAGUCACCGAUGAAAGUAUUCCGAUUCUUUCAGUAUUCGAUAACGCCAUACUCGCCUCUGAUACACAGAGUACAUUCAACCACUCCACUCAUGGAGAGUUCAAUGGCGAAUACCCCAAGGUGCCCAAGAUCGAGAUCCGCCCCAACCUCCAAAGGUCUAGACUCAAGAGGGCCAAGGUCUGCGAGGCUCUCACCUACCUGUUGCCUCCCUAUACUGCAAUCUAUGCCAUCCUGGAAGCCGGUGGGUUCUGA